GCUCGAGCUGCGAUGCUCAGCUGCCUGCCUGGCGGGCCGCGCUGCGCCGCCAGCUGCCUGGAUGGGCCCGCCUGCGCCAGGCGUCGCCCGCGGCCCGGCAGCUCCGAUGUGCCCGCGGAGAUACCUGCGCAGGCACGGGACGGCGCCGGGGCGGCCUCCCCGAUGGGCCCGCCCGCGGCGGCGGCCCCGCCCUGCGGCGGCCCGACCAGCCCUGCGGCCGCCUCGAGCCGGCGGCAGAAUUCCGAUGCGACGCCGCACUCGAACGAGGAGACCAGCUGGCCGGGCCCCCAGCAGCAGAGCACCCUGAGUACGUCCGCGCAGGACUUUGUGGAGCAGGGCAUGGCUGUGCCUGGGCGGAAGCGGUACAGAAACGGCACGGCGCUGGCGGCCACCAUCACCGGCGCCCUCGGCGGGCUCGCCGCGGGAGGACCCGUGGGGCUGCUGGUCGGCGGCGCCAUCGGGGCGCUGGCUGGCGGCGUGCACGCUUACGCGAGGACGAAGGAACCCCCGUCGCGGCGGCGACUCAAGUUCCUGAUCCUGUGGGCCCGCUUGCAGCUGCAGGAGUGCGCGCCGCGUCGUCACGAGAGCGUGAGCGCGGCUGCCUCGCUCCGCAAUCAGCGCGACAUCGUCGACUACGUUGUGGUGGAGCACGCGCCCUGGGCGCUGAGGCUCAUAGAAGGCUUGCGGGGCAAGGACAGGCGGCGUCAGCCAAGGCAGCACCUGGAGAUCCUGGUGCGCUUCCUGCAGUCCCCGGGCGUCGCGGAGGUCUUCGGGAGGACGAACGCCCUCUCCGCCUCGCAGUUCCGCGCCUCCUGGAGCGACCCGGCCCGCGCCCAGGCGGUCCCCGUGGCCGGCGGCGGGGAGGACGAGGCCCUGACGGCGAAGGACUGGCACGACGUGGGGCGCUGGCACAGCGCCGUGCUGCCCACGCUCGUGGCGCUGCGCUUCGUGAUGCGCUCGCGCCCGGGCUGCGGCGCCGCCCUCUGCGGGGUGCGCC